CUUUGAACUUUAGGUCAAACUGUCCUGUUUGAUACAUACACAUCCAAAUAGAAAUCGGACAUUUCUUACGAAUAUAAGCAUGCCGUUUUAGAUUAAAAUAGCCAAUAUUGUUCUGAAGUUUUACUGAGUAUAGACAUCACAAGGAUUUUCUUUCAACAGACGGCAGUUACCGUACAUUGUUCUUCCAGGUCUUGUCGUAUUUCUACAUGCUGCUGUCAGCAUGGUACCGAAAGCAAAACAAAUUAUGUUAAUGUGAAGGACGAGUUUGAAAAUGACAACGACGAAGGAGAUGAUGAUGAUGAAGAAAAAAAUAAUGGUGACGAAUUUAAUUUGGACGAGGUUUUGCGUUUGGGUGGAACCCGAGUUCUUCAAGAAACGAGAGGCGGAAAAGGCGCUGCAUCGGCCACGAGGUGAUAGCGAGAGUGUGGAGGAUGUUUGAGAAGCUGCUCGAUACAUACGAGGGUGACAGUUAUUUCACAGACUUGCCAGUUGAUGAAACAGACCUGGACUUUGCAGGCAAUAUCAAGAUGAAAUCUAAGAAGGGGAAGAAGGGUGGAGAGGAUGACUCUGAUUCAGACCUGGAUGAUGUGUCCCUAGGCAGUUUGGAUGAGGAGGACUUUGGAGAUGAACUGGGGGAGGAGGGAGGGGCCUUCAUGGACAGCAUUGGGGAGGAUGAUGAGGAAGUUCCAGAACUUGAUGAUGAUAACGCUGAUUCAGAUGAGAUGGAGGUUCCACACAUAAGGCCAGGUUCUAAAAUGAGGAAGGCAUCAGAGGAUCUUGACUUCAGUGGUUCUUUAGGUUCCAAACCAGGGAAGAAAAGGAAAGGGGGACACAGCCAUGUUUGCAUCUGCUGAAGAGUUUGGCAACAUCGGCAUGAAUGCUAUGGCCAACAAAGACAAAGCAGGUGUCAGGCAGCUCAAGUGGGAAGCCCAGAGAGACGACUGGGUCCGAGGCAGAGACGUCAAGACCCUACGGAAGAAGAAGGCCAUGUUUAACAAGAAGAAACAGUUUGGCAAGCCCCAGUUUGGCAAUCCAAAAAAAAAAAGACUUUCAAGAAGAAGUAAUACUUUCUGGACCUAAGAAGACUUAUGUUUGUGUUCACACACCUCUAUGCCUUCUUGGACCAAUCUUCAAGGUCUUUCUCUCGAAUCCCAUAAACUCCAGCAUAUUCGUUGGACUUGUAAUAAACUGGAAAGAGAGUGAUAGUGUCUCUCAGCCUUCAACACAUUAAAUCACAUGCCCACUGUAGCAAAAUGUUUUGCAACUGUUUCCACUAAUGAAUACACCGGUGUAUUGCCUCAAUCUAACCCUGUUGCCAGUUCCAGGUUGUACUGCCAAUCAUUGGAGAAACUACUAAAUGCCUGUGAAAUGAUGUAUUCUCUGUAUAGCUAUUUUAACUCUGUAUUGUAUUUUGUAUAGGUUUAUACAAGAAAUACCAACAGUACAUUAGGAGAUGUCUGGUUUGCAGUAAUUGUAACUGGGGGGAAAAAGGUGUAAUAAUUGGGGCUGAUUUCAUUGCUGUGCAGUUUGGAAUUGAGGAUAAAUUCCUCCAGUUUGUGUAUGUUUUGAACUGUCUACAGCCUUUACCUUCCAGGACAGAGGGAAGCAUGUUGUUCAUACUGUUCCUGAAAUCUAAAAACAAAAAAAGAAAAUGUUGUUACAAAGGUGUACAUAGCCCAAGGUAGAGUCCAUGACGUCCUUUCUAUAUAAAAAUGUAAAUAAUA